CAAAACCGGACAUAAGUUCUCAUGUUACCCAGUUAGAGCUUGAACGUAUUUAGUUACGAAGCUGAACAUCUCCUUUCAUUUUGAACUGUUGACUAAUUUGAUCCAUAGGUUGAGACUUUCGUGGUGAAGAUGGGGGUACCGAAAUUUUACCGAUGGAUAUCAGAGCGCUAUCCUUGUCUCAGUGAAGUUGUCAAGGAACAUCAGAUUCCAGAAUUUGACAACCUCUAUCUGGACAUGAAUGGGAUUAUCCAUCAGUGUUCCCACCCGAAUGACGAGGAUGUCCACUUUCGCAUUUCUGAGGAAAAGAUCUUUGCUGACAUCUUCCAUUACCUGGAGGUGCUCUUCAGGAUCAUCAAGCCUCGCAAGGUCUUCUUCAUGGCAGUGGAUGGCGUGGCACCGAGGGCAAAGAUGAACCAGCAGAGAGGACGGAGAUUCAGGUCUGCCAAAGAAGCAGAAGACAAGAUAAAAAAAGCUCUGGAUAAAGGAGAGGUGCUUCCCACAGAGGCUCGCUUUGACUCCAACUGUAUCACUCCUGGCACUGACUUCAUGGCAAGACUCCAGGAGCAGCUCAAGUAUUUUGUCCACAACAAGCUCUCCACCGACAAGCUGUGGCAGAAUGUCAGAGUGUACCUGUCUGGUCAUGAGACUCCAGGGGAGGGAGAACAUAAGAUCAUGGAGUUUAUUCGCUCUGAGAACAGUAAGCCAGGUCACGACCCUAACACCCGACACUGCCUGUAUGGCCUGGAUGCUGAUCUGAUAAUGCUCGGUUUAACCAGCCAUGAGCCGAACUUCUCCCUGCUCAGAGAGGAGGUCCAGUUUGGAGGAAAGAAAUCCCAGAAAAGGAUAACAACUCCGGAGGAGACGACUUUUCACUUGCUUCACUUGUCUCUGAUGAGGGAGUACAUAGACUACGAGUUCUCUGAGCUCAGGAAUCACAUUGGUUGCGAUUAUGACUUGGAGCGAAUAAUCGAUGACUGGAUUCUAAUGGGCUUCCUAGUGGGAAAUGAUUUCAUCCCUCACCUCCCUCAUCUUCACAUCAGUCAUGAUGCUUUGCCGUUGCUGUACAAGACCUACAUCAGUGUUCUGCCCAGCCUGGGUGGUUAUCUGAACGAGAACGGCCAUCUAAACCUCAGAAACUUUGAGAAGUACCUGGAGAAACUCGCUGAGUUUGACCGGGAACAUUUUAGUGAGGUGUUUGUGGACCUGAAGUGGUUUGAGAGUAAAGUUGGCAACAAGUAUCUGAACGAGGCGGCCGGACUGGCAGCAGAGAAGGAAGCUGCCAGCAAAGACACCGACAAGAAAGAGAAUUCCACCCUCUGUCUGGCAGCUCUGACCUCAUCAGAACGAGUGACUGGAGAAGGAAAAGGAGCAGUAGGAGACGAUGAGGAAGAGGAGGACGAUAUGUUUGAAACUGAGUUCAGACAGUACAAGCGCACCUACUAUAUGACCAAGAUUGGCGUGGAUGUGGUGUCUGAUGAGUUUCUAGCCAAGCAGGCCAAGUGUUAUGUGGAAGGUAUCCAGUGGAUCCUUCACUACUAUUACCACGGGGUUCAGUCCUGGAGCUGGUACUACCCCUUCCACUACGCUCCCUUCCUGUCUGACAUCAGGAAUAUAUCAGGGUUGAAGUUGACCUUUGACCUCGGGAAGCCCUUCAUGCCCUUCCAGCAGCUGUUGGCAGUCCUUCCUGCCGCCAGCAUGGCUCUGCUGCCUGAGUCUUACAGGCACCUGAUGACCAGUGAAAACUCGCCCAUUAUUGAGUACUACCCUCUUGACUUUAAAACCGACCUCAAUGGCAAGCAGCAGGAAUGGGAGGCUGUGGUUCUCAUUCCCUUCAUAGAUGAGAGGUGCUUAUUAGCAGCCAUGGAGCCCUGUAAUCACAAGCUGACUAAAGGAGAGAAGGCCAGGAAUUGUCACACGGAGUGUGCAGUCUACUCAUAUGACCACGAAACAGACUUCACGUACACCUCCACCCUGCCUCAGCUGUUCCCUGACAUCGUCCACUGCCGUGUCAGGAAAGCACACAUCCCCAUGGACGCCUGGCAAGUACCGCUGGACCACAUGAGCAGGCCUGUCGACCGCUCGGCCCUGUACUUCUGUGGCUUCCCCACACUUCAACACAUAAGGCACAAGUUUUAUAAGAAGAAGAGUGGGGUGGUCGUUUUCCAGCAGAGCAGCAGAGGGGAGAACACCAUACUGGAAAUCCUCCCCAGCCAGGAAGGAGAGGCGGUAUGCGAUGAUGUUGCUGCACAAGUCUUGGGGAAGUCGGUGUUUGUCAACUGGCCACAUCUAGAGGAAGCCCGCAUCGUUGCAGUGUCAGAUGGAGAAGUCAAGUUUUGUCUAGAGGAGCCGCCUGGUGUCCAAAGGGUUUACGACAGGCCCACCACUCCUCCUCCCACCAAAGUCACCUGCCUGUCUGACAAGGAGCAGAAGGAAUGGAUGAAAGAUGUCCAGGGACUCACUGAACAUUUCUUGAGGAGGAAAGGCAUCGUGGUGAACGAGACAGCGGUGGUUUUGUACGGCCAGCUGCUGACAGGAAGGAAGUACGUCCCCAAAGCCAACGGUGUGGUGGAACUGGAGAAACAGUGGGCCAAGCAGGUCCUCCCUUUCGCCUACCAGACAGUGGUUAAGGACAUCAAGACCUUUUACUCUUCUCUGACCUGCUUUAAGAGCUUAGACGACCUCUUUCCUCCAACAACCACUGUCUUCAUGGUGGGGAACCCUUACUACGGUGCCAUGGGCGAGGUUCAAGAUUCUAGUGAUGUCAUCAAAGACGGUCGGGUACGAGUGGUCUUCAACCUGCCGCACGAACCACAGCUGGAGACCUUAAUCCAGAAUCAGCAUAAGUACUGUGUGAAGUACAGUCCUGGAUAUGUUCUGGCAUCCCGUCUCGGCAUCACCAGUUACCUUGUGUCCCGCUUCGCUGGAAGCAUCUUCAUUGGCAGAGGCUCAAAGAAGAAUCCCUGUGGGGAGCAAAGAGCUAACGUCGGCCUGAACCUGAAGUUCAACAAGAAGAAUGAGGAGGUUCCUGGAUACACCAAGAGAACUGAAAAGGAGUGGCUCUACUCUGUUGCUGUUGGGGAAUUGCUAGCUGAAUACCUGGACAGAUUUUCUGAAGUAUUCAACACGGUGUCCAGAAACAGUCAUGAUGAUGUUUUCUAUGAAGAUGACAUCUGGCCUGGAUCGGACCAGAAUGGGGCAGAGAAGGUUGCUGAAAUCACUUCGUGGUUGAAAAGUCACCCGGUGAGCUCCGUCAGCAGGGCGUCAUGUGACCUGCAGGUGCUGGACACAGCGAUCGUGGAGAGGAUCGAGGAGGCAGUGGAGAAAGCCAAGGUGAAGAAGAGCACCAAGAAGGUCCGUGUGACAGUCAAGCCUCAUCUCCUCUUCAGGCCCUUGGAGCAGCAGCAAGGCGUGGUUCCAGACCCGGAUUCAGAGUAUCGCCUGUUUGACAGAGUCGUCAACACCAGGGAGAGCUUCACCGUCCCACUGGGACUCCGAGGAACAAUCAUCGGCAUUAAAGGAGCGGAGCGUGAGGCAGAGGUCCUGUAUGAAGUGCUUUUUGAUGAAGAAUUUGCUGGAGGUCUCAACAUCAGGUGUACGUCGCCUCGUGGUUACCGCCUCCCCCCCUGCGCUCUCAUUAACCUCUCCCACGGAGCCCGAGUGGAUCACACCUCCCACAAACUCACCGCCAUCGUCAAACCUCAGCCCGCCGCAGCCACAAACUUCAACUCACAGCGUCAGCUGGGCGGCCUGAACCACUCUCCACGUUCACCCUUUAUGCCCACACAGCAUAACAACAAGCACGGUGUGGUGAAGGCAGCCGCCCAGGGCAACAGGAACUCUCCCUCUAAGGGUCUCAUCCAGAAACAGCAGGCCAAGAAUAAAGUGGAGUACAUUAAUGUGUGGCAGUCUCUGCAGAGCUCUGGCCCUCCUCACAAACCUCCUGCUCACUGGCAAAAUAAUGAAGGACAGUCCCAACAGGGUGGGAAACAGCACUCCAACAAAGAUGCCCCAGUUGGUGCCAUCAAACUUUUGAAGAAAAAUGAAGACGUCAACUCCAUUGUCCCCUCACAGAACACAGCCAAUAAGGCUGCGACCGAGUUUGAGGACCUGAUAGCCAGUCUCAAGAUCUCUAAGGGUAGCCAGCAGACCCCACCCCCUCCUGCUCCUCCACAAGCACCCACCAGCCAGUCAGAUGGCCCGUUGUCUCCGCAGUCCUUCGCCAUGAAGGGGACGCUGGUGCUGAAGGAGAUGCUAAAGAUUGACGGCGCUGGAACAGGAAGUCCUUCAUCCCAGGAGGCGGCCAACAGCGCCGCCUUCGGUGGUCAUCAGCAGAACAGGAGACGAUCGUCCAAGAAACUAGCAGCUAACAUGAACAUCCCCCACGGUGAUGCAGCUGUAUUAGCAUCUCCUGCGUCUGCUCCCUCCGCCAACAUCUCCAAUGCUGCGCUGAACAGCAAGGUGUCAGAGCUGGCGUGUGUCUGUGUGAGGCUAGGAAUGCCACCACCCGAGUUCAGCUACAUAGGCAACAGACAGGGUCUAGUAGUGUGUCAGGUGAAGCUGUCCAAUGGGUUGAUGGUUCACGGACCACAGUGCCAAUCAGAAAAUGAUGCCAAGGAGAAAGCUGCCUUCUUUGCCCUCCAAAGACUGAACUCAGUGGGAUCAGGCUUCCCCCUCCCACCUCCUCUAUACCCAGGAGUGGGUCAGAUACGACCCCCACCCAUGAACCCUGUCUUCAACCAACAAGGUGGAUUGCUGUUGCCUCCCCAGGGUUACGCCCCAGCCCCUCUGUGGGGAAUGACGCUGCCCCCUCACCACCACCCGAACCAACCGUUCUGUGGAGCAGCAGGGACCUUCCCCGGUGCCGCCCGCCACCAGCCUGCAGCAGCGCCGCCUGUCGCCUCCCACCACCAGUUCAUUCCAUUACAGGUGACUAAGAAGCGAGUCUCAGCCAACAAGAAGAACCAGGAAACUCGAGAGUUUUACAGUGCCGCCCAAACCGUGGCCAGACACCAGUCACAGAGAGGCCAGAACCAGCCCCCUGGCCAAUCACAGGCUCAGAGCGGUAAAGUCGACCAGCCGCACCAACACUCCACCAACAGCCACCCCUCCUCGUCCAGUCCUGGCCCAGCAGACGGCCUUUCCGCGACGACAGCGGCCCCGCACACGCCCCCGCGACAAAACAUGCCAGCAACAGGCCACACCCCUGGCUCCGCCUCCAAGAGGAAGCACAGAAAGCUGGCCGUCAACUUCGAGGCGGCUAAAGUCUCUGAGUGAUGAGCUGAUGUGUGUGUGUGUGUGUGUGUGUGUGUGUGUGUGUGUGUGUGUGAGGAGAAAGAGGCAUGUUUGGUGUUUUUAAGCUGCUGUUUUAAGCCUGACUCAGCAUCUCUGAUCAAAACCUCGUCAAUGUGAAAGUGUCUUUACGCUCAUCAUCUCCGUGUAGAGCUUCAGGCGAGGCCAGGGCGCAGAGCAAACGUCGUUUUAUUCGUUUCCCUUCCUCAUGUGAGCAAAGCGAUUCCCACUUUGACUCCGCCGUCUGCCUCAAGACACGACCCGAAAGCUCCCCUCACCUCGUCACUUGACUCCUGUCAGAGAAGCAAAGUCUACCAAACAUGGCUGUUGUGGUUCUGUGUUCCCGGUGUGGAAUGUGUUACUGGUGUGGAAAGGAAUCCAGUGCAUUCUGGGAUGUUUUCUUUCUUCUUUGGGUCUUUCCUUAUAGAGGUUGGUUUCCUCUUCUGAGCAGCUUCAAGUCUUAUUUAGUCUUUAUUCAGCGCACUUAAAGGAAAACUGGGGUUUAUUAUACCUCGCAUUUCAUUUCUGUAGCUCUGACUGUUAAUUCCAUCAGUGUUGAUGCUCAAAAUUGGUCCAGCAGGACAACAAAAGCAAACCGUCAGUGAUCGUGACCCAAACACUCAGCCGUAAACAUCCGUCCUGCUCGUGUUUGCACCUGUUUCUUAUGAUGUUGCUCAACAGAUCAUCAUAGCUGGUAGAACAGCUGGCCGGAGCUCCAAAAAUCAAACCCAUGCUCUGGUUAAGAGGAGUGGAGUGAAACACUGCCUUAAGAGUGCAUCGUCUUCAUUAAAUGUACAUUUUAGAGAAAAUCCAAGUGGGGAAAUAAAAAUUUAAUUGAAUAGCCACGUUCUGACGCCAGCACACUGAAACCAACUAAGUGGCUCAGAGGAAAAAGAGUUUUCAGUUUGGGGAAUAACGCAGCCUAUAGAAUCAGAAAUCAGUGUGGUCAUUGUUAUUAUUCAUGUUGCUUUCUUUCGGCCGCUCCGGUCAGUCGUUGCAUCGUCCCUCUCCCUCAAAUGUUGCUUUGCGUGCGGACGGCGGCCGAGACUUGAGACCAGAUGUGUUGAGAUUUAUCAUAUUCCUGAUAGUCCUCGAUGUUUUGUGAAACCUCUUCAAUCGAAUUCGGAUCUUGGUUCUCCCCUCUGAAGCCCUCUUCACGCCCUCACAUUUGCACAGCAGUGGCGGCUACUUCCUGCUUUCCUCGUAAACGUAGUAAAUGCUAAGCUCUUCACCUGCUCAUCAUUAGAAAACUAGCUUGAAUGCAUAUGAUGCUGCCUUGGCCUUGUUUUGUUUUUUAGGGGGGUGUUAGUGUUUAACUCUGGAUCAAACUGGGCCUUCUAUCAUCAGCGUUGUCGGGUUUGGAUCAGUGGUGUUAAUCAGGCACAACAUCGUUCAUCUGUUUGAAUGUUUCUCUUUGUGUUGUGAUCUUUGCUUCCCAUCCAGUCUGACAGCCUUUCAUUUCCUUCAGGCUUUUGACGCCUUGCUGCAUUUUUCUAUUGUUUAUGCCAUAAUGACACAGCCAAAGUAAAAGUGAGUGCACACAUGGCAGAAUUAGACAUUAGAAUUGAUUGGAACACACACACAAACACACACACACACACACACUGUACGUGCGAUGUUAUUGCCAUGGCAGAGCUUAACACCAGCACAUAGCCCAGAGUCAAACAGCGUUAGAAUAGCCAGAUGUGUCCAUUUUAUUCGUGCAGCUGGACCUUAUGAAGAUUGAAUUUGACCGAUGAUCAGUCACACUUGUUGGGUUGUUUGGACCUACAGGAACCUUCACACUGCCAGAUUCCAAAAGCAUCUUGAUACAAAGUCAGUCUUUCCAAUAUUUUUAAUUGAGUAGCACCAGAGUUUGUGGUUGAUUUUACACAGGCGCAAAAAAACAACCUUCUUUAUUUCUAUUUUCUUGAUUCCACGAGUGUAUUUUUUAACUGCUAAGGUUACAGAUUUGUUUCUUGUGAAUAUGGGAGCUCACACAGUUGAUAAGUUUAUGGAAUAUUGGGCUUUUCUUGAAUAAAGAUAGGAAAAAUGUCCCAUGUAUGUACUUCAUAUUCAAUUGAAACCAACAUUUCUAUUUCUGAUGUUCCGUUCUGAUGUCGCAUACAGGACAGUUUCUAUUGGUCCAAACUUUUCAUUUUAAUGUGUCUCUACUAUCAUUGAUUAUCUUGGCUAAGAAAGACAAAAGAAAGCACUGAUGUACAGAGAUGCCUUACGCUCCCAGAAGUUAUUUUUGGAUCUGUGAAAAUGCAGCGUUCUCAGUGUUGUACUGAUCUAUUUAAAUUGUUUAUAGUUGCAUCAUAUAAAUGAUGCUAAAUGAAGUGUCUCCAAGGUGCUUUUGGGAACAUUCUUCCUAGUUUUGGUGGUUUUCUGAAGCUGUUUGGCUAUUUUAAAUUCUUUGCUUUAUUAUGAACCUCUAUACACGUCUGGACUUAUCUACACAAACAUGCACGCGUAUAAAAUCUCUCUAUUUUAAAGAUCUUUUUUUCUUUUUGAAGCUAUGGAUUUUAUGGCUACCGUUUUUAUAGGCGUUUUUUUUCUAAGCAAUCUGAGUAAUAAUUGUUUCAGUCAUGGUUGUGGUGGAGCUGCAGCGAUGGAAGCAGCUGCAGUGACUCGUGAAGCCUAUUUUCUUUGUCCUUGUUUUUUGGGACACAUGCGUACAGUAUGUUUUUGGUGUUUGCUGUUUUAAGACAGAAGUCCUUACGCCAACCCUGUGACUCAAGUCUGUAUGACUCUGGUGCAAUAAGGGGAGGUUUUAAAACAUUUUGGAAAUUGAAGCACACCUGUUGUGUAUCUAUUGUUUUUUGUUUUUGUUUUGUUUGUUUUUUUUGGGGGGGGGGGUGAAACAAAGUAGAGACUUCUCCAUAUGCAGAGAUAAUGACUUGCUGUUUUAAUUCAGGAAUGUGCUGUACAUACCCAUUUAAUUAAAGUGAAUCUUUUGUUACAGCGUGGCUGCUUCCUUUGGCCUCAGAAACUGCAUGAUGGAUCCUAAAUCCAUACGUCUACCGGACAUCCCGCUUACUUUUUAAAAUGUUUUAAUUGACAUUUUAAGUCAGGCCAUUUAUGUGUUCAUGAAGAAACAACAAAAUUUGCUUCCUAUUAAUGAAAAAUUCAAUUCAGAAGGAAUGAAACACACCUUUGCUCAGUUCAGUACACUCAGGGGUUUAACUGCUACAGUCUGAAGUGCUCUGAUAUGACCAUUGUGCUAGCUUUUAGCAUUGGCAUGAAGUCAGUCAACGUCACUUUCAGAGCAAUAAGCUUAGCUACCAUUAGCUAGAGGUUGCUAACCAUUUGCUAACCAGACCAUGCAAGGCUGGAGCAAAAACAACAGAGCAAGGGUCCUUUUUAUUUCCUAUAAAUUCAACUUUUCAUUCAUACAAGUCAUUUUGGAUUGCUUCUUCUGUUAAGCACUGAAUAUAUGAAAUGAUGAUUAAAGUGUUCAUACUUCUGCGCA